GCUUGUCCAUUUUACUCGCUAUUCGCUCUAUUCGUAUUAAAAUCGGCUCCAUUUAGCCAGGCAGUACGAUGCUGUCGCGGCAAACGCAGCAAGCCCCAGGUAGCCACAGCGCCAACAGAUCCAGUAUAACCCAUCCUCCCACGCCACCUAAAGCCACUUUACUCCAACCAAAGUCGCUUCUUUCAUUGGACUUAAAGUGACACGCGUUAUCUUUCAUGAUCGACGACUAUUGCAAAUCAUUCCAAAAAUAUGGCAAGGCUGAUAGAACGGCGUCCAGAACCAUUGACCACCGCCCCUGUCAGCAUAGUGCUGAUGCGUCACAGAGGGGCGGCGCCAGAACAAGAGACCGGCGAGCUGUAAUGUCACCGAGACCAUCGUAACAAGUCUAUAUAGUUCCGUUCUUCUCGCCUCAAUAAGCGUACCAGCAUUCCUCCUAUACAUAUCAAUUCAAAAAUUGCAAUACCACGCUCUGCCAUGGCUCCUUUCAUUCAAUCUCUCAGUCAACUUGCCGUAGUCGGCCUCGCUCUCAUGACCAAUGUCCAGGCUCGCCCGUCUACGACUGGCACUGAUCAGGCUUCCGCCAAAGUUCCUCUACGCCUGAUGCCUCUAGGCGCAUCCAUCACAUUCGGUUUCCGCUCCACCGACGGCAACGGAUAUAGACAAGACCUCCGCGACAUGCUCAUUGACGAUGGCUUCGAGGUGGACAUGGUCGGCUCUCAUAAGGGUGGCAAUAUGACAGACCCUGACAAUGAGGGUUGGUCCGGGUUCCGGGUCGAUCAAGUCAAGGGCAAGGCCGUCAAAUCAGUUCCCAAGUUACAGCCCAGCCUCUUCACCAUUAACGCCGGCACCAAUGAUUGUGCACAAAACCACAAGCUUGAUACUGUCGGUGAUCGCAUGGAUGACCUCCUUGAAUAUCUUUGGGAUACUUCUGAUGAUUCUACAAUCAUCCUAUCGACACUCAUUAUCAAUCUGAAUACCACUAUCGAGGCCAGAGUCAAAAAGGUGAAUAGCCAGUACACAGCUCUUGCCAAGAAGAAGGCAGCUGAGGGAAAGAAAAUCAUCCUCGCAGAAAUGCACGGUGAUGAUGGUCCCCAGCCUGAUGAAAUGGCGGAUAAUACUCAUCCCAACGAUAUCGGCUACAACAAAAUGGCCAAGAUUUGGUACCGCGCGAUCAAGGGCGCUGAAUCCAAGGGCUUCCUUACAAAGCCCAACCCUAUGGGAAAUUAGUAGAAAGUGCGCGACAAAAGAUGAUGUGAAUAAUUUUAUAUAUGGCAUAGUAUUUUAGACAUUAAAUUAUGUAUAUAACACCUAUUGUUUAAGAACAGACAUUGUUACCAAGUACCUAUCCCCA